AUGGUAGCCUCUUUGGCGGUGAUUCCGCUCUUCUUCUUUUGUUUCGUGGACCUGAUCGGCGCCCAGUCACUAAGAACCAAUGACGACGGCAACAACAGUGACAACCAGCAGCAAGAACACAGACGAGCCGUGGGGUACUCCAAGGUAGCAACUAUUCCUCCUGAUCCUGUAUCAAUCCCAGUCAGUGAGGAAGUCCAGAAGGAAUUGGCGGCCAAACAUGGAAAAUGGCAUUUCUGGGAUGGCGACGAAGAGAAUCGUCCCGAAAACAAGGACUUGUGUGACAAGUUCCCUGCUUGUGAUGUACCAGGGGACGACUUUCCUGAUGAAAGUUGGCAAGGUGAUGCCGUCUUUGUCAACCACAUUCUCAAUGAUGCUGACAAUUUGGUCACUCGAGCCAUGGAGGCCAUCUUUGAAGAGUAUGGUCAUCCGAAGCCAAAAACUGCUGAGGGAUUGUCAGAAAGAAUGCAAAUGUUUCAUUGGGACAAGAUUGAUUUCAAGACAUCAGAAGGUCCACCAGAACACUUUCAGCGCAGUAUGACUCGUGGAAAUGGUGGAUGGACCACCAAACGUAGUUUCGAAGGAUUGGUCAGAAGAAUUCUUCAUGCUAUCAUGACCAAUGAUACAUUCACUGUGGUGCUAGCAGGACACUCUUCGGCAGCAGGACAUGGCAAUCACUUUCGUCAAAGUUAUUCCAUGCAAUUCCAGAGAAUCAUGGCACCCAUCUUUGCUCGAUUAGGAGUCAAACUGAUUACACGCAACAUCUCACAAGGUGGAUUGGGGACACUUCAGAAUACCUUGGGCUCCGGCGAUAUAUAUGGCCGAAAAAUUGAUAUUCUUAUUUGGGAUUCGGGUAUGACGGAAAUUCAUAACCGAAAUCACAUUGAUCUCUUUUUUCGCCAAGCCUUGCUUGCUGGAGAUCAUGUGCCCGUCCUUUGGAGUGCCGGAGGAACCUAUGAACUUUUGAAGGAGUUGCAUGAAAAUGCUGAUGUUGAUGUCGGCGAGUUUGGGCUUGGUUUGGAUGGCAUUCCAUUAACGACAAGUGAUGAGCAGGCAGAAACUUUGCCAUGGGCUGUGCGAUACCUGAAAUGUGACCCGGCGAAUAAUGAUGUCUGCAAAAGGCACGAUGAUUAUUGUUCCAAGUGCUGGAUUGAUCGGGAUGAUGGCAUUAAACCAGAAGCAACGCAAAAGGAAAAAUUUGCAGGUCAAGUGAGGUGGCAUCCAGGAUGGCGACAACAUCAGCUGACUGGUCGUGUUUUAGCUUUCUCGGUUCUCGAGGCUCUGCAGUUGGCCAUUCAGCAAUUCAGUGAUGGAACUAUGGGUGGACCACCUCUGGCAGAUGACUAUUGGCAUGUCAAGGAUUACUAUGAGAACAUCCAAACCAAAGUGAAGAACAUGGAUCCAGGGUUGGGCAAGUGUUACUCCAUCAAGGAUGAAGGACUGCCAGAAAGAAUGUGCAAAGUCCCCAUGAACGGUCGAACACACUACACCCCACGGGCAGACUUUAAUGAGACUGGUAUCAACAAUAUUGUGAAACCAACAGCGGAUGGGUACGUUCCAAAGAAUGAAAAGAAGGCGCUCUAUGAGGGUCUAGAUGCCCACAACGAGUGCUACGACAUCCCUUCUGGCGAGGUUGAUGUGCUGUCCAUUGUUAGUGGCAGGCGAAGAAUGACCGAAGAUGUGCCUUUCAAUGUUUCCUCAAGUGCAGUCAGAGUUAAGCCACCAGCUCAAACCGCAGACACAACAACCAACACAGGGGUAGAGCAGCCUUCCCUCAGAGUGCAGCAGCACCGUGAACUUGAUGAAAUCAAACCUGGCAAAGGGUGGGAGCUUGCAGAAGAGCCACAGGGAUACUGUGAUGGAACUUAUGAUGCUGUCUGUGCACGAUGGACACAUAAUGACUGUGUGCUCAGUGGUCACCACGAUUCUCGAGGCAUUCUGCUUGGCAAUGGCUACUCAGGAUGGCUUGUAAUGAAUGUGAAAGUGAAGGAAGGGAUCAUCAUUCUCAAGUUCCAUUCUUGGGCAAAAAAAGAGUGGGUUACAAUCGCCAAAGAUUGGACCUCUGAGAAUAAUGAACGUAGAGCGUUGAAGACAGCUGCCAAUGCCACGUCUACGGAGGUGACCCAGGAAAGAUUCCUUGGCAAAGGAGACCCUAUCGACGGCUUUCCUGACAGCUUUCGACUUGAAUAUGCAGUCAAUGGGAAGGUAACAAGCAUGACCAAGGAUGAGUUGAAGGAAAAGUAUCGUAAGCAACCUCAACGAGUUGUUGAGCUGCUUGUUCUAAUGGAUGAUCCAAGCAUGGCAGGGGACAAAGAAGUUGAUGUUGAAAUUGCAAUUCGGCUGAAGGAUUGUGGCACUGAUUGUGUAAUUGGAGUGUCACACAUUUACUGGGCUUAA